CAAUUAACAAGAACAUUUUCCAGCGUUCUUCAGUCAUGUUCUGAAUCUCAGUCUGGAGGAAGAUGCUAGCAUGAUUAGCCUCCAAGAACAGACUCUGCUUCUUACAUUUCUUGUACAUUGCUUCAACAGUUUGGGUGUUGAUUUGAUACGUGAACAAGUGCAGCGAUUAGUGUCACUUCCCAUGUGGGCUUCCCUCCUUGAGACUCGUCUUGAACAAGAAUUGAAGAAAGAUAAACGAUAUCGAAAAUUCUGGAAUGUCGUUAAGAAGAAUGAUGGAAAGGCAGAUGAAGAAACAAGAAAAAGGAAUCAUUUUGAGAGGCAUUUCUUGGCUUCCCUUAUCAAGCGGUUUUACAAAGUAUUAGACCUGUCUCUUAUACACAUCUAG